CCUCAGAUCACCACAUCAAGCACUUCACCAGUAGAACCAGGUCAAGGUGAUGGUUUUUCUACCAGGUCAGCAUUAAAAGUUACCCUUCUGGGAAGUGAGUGGAAUUCCUCAGAAGGUGGUUUGUCAACGUUAAACAGAGAACUUGCAAUUUACCUUUCAAAACAUCCCAAAUUGGAAGUGACAUUGUUAGUUCCCGAGGGAGUUUGUAAAGAUGAUGAGAAAAGAGAAGCUGGAAGCUAUGGAAUUACCAUUGUUGAAGCAAAGGAACAAACAGGAUAUGAACCCCUUGACUGGUUAGACUCCCCACCUAAAGACCUCAGCAUCGAUGUCGUCAUUGGGCAUGGAAAGAAACUUGGCCGGCAAGUACAAGGAAUACGAAAUUGUGCGGAAUUUAAGAAUUGUAAAUGGGUACAAGUGGUACAUACUGCCCCAGAAGACCUUGGCAAAUUCAAAGACUACAUCAAUCCUACUUCUAAAGGCGAAAGAAAACAUCAAGUCGAAGUUGACCUUUGUAAGCGUGCAGAUCUUGUCAUGCCUGUUGGACCCCGACUGACAGAAUUUUACUCUUCAUAUUUACAACGCUACAAAAAAGAAAUGGAUGUGCUUUCAUUUACUCCAGGACUUUUUGAAAGGGAAUUUGGGGAUUUGGAACAAGAUGUCAAUAACAAUGCAGAUUUUAAAGUGUUAAUUUUUGGUCGGGGCGACAAGGAAGAUUUUGAGCUUAAAGGGUACGACAUUGCUGCCAAAGCAUUUACUGACCCACGGUUGGGAAAGAACCCUUAUCAACUGAUCUUUGGUGGAGCUCCCGAAGGAAAGGAAGAAGAAGUUAGAGAAAGACUUCUACAGUGUGGUAUCGCUAAAGAACAGCUGAUUGUGAGAACAUUUACACAAGACAGAGACAGUAUAAAAGAUUUGCUGUGCGAAGUUGAUCUUGCCAUCAUGCCAUCAAAAUCAGAGGGAUUUGGUCUUGCUGCCCUCGAGGCUUUUUCUGCAGGCCUACCAAUUCUUGUAGGCCGUAGGUCAGGAUUCGCCAAGGCAUUAGAGAACAUUCUCCAUGGCCAUACAUGCAUCUUAUAUUCAGAUGAUCCUGCAGAAUGGGCAAAAUCAAUUGAAGGCGUUCGUAUCAGACAUGCAAUCCGGCUGGAAGAGAUCAAAGCUGUGAAAACAUCUUAUGGAAGAAUGUACAGUUGGAGGACACAAUGUGAGGCCCUUGUGGGAAGGCUGUGGAAAAUAGUUUACGGUAGGGUGUUCUUUUGGUACAUGAAGUAUUGUAAGCCUAAUUUUGUACUUUAAUUAACUUGUUNUUCUACAGUGUGGUAUCGCUAAAGAACAGCUGAUUGUGAGAACAUUUACACAAGACAGAGACAGUAUAAAAGAUUUGCUGUGCGAAGUUGAUCUUGCCAUCAUGCCAUCAAAAUCAGAGGGAUUUGGUCUUGCUGCCCUCGAGGCUUUUUCUGCAGGCCUACCAAUUCUUGUAGGCCGUAGGUCAGGAUUCGCCAAGGCAUUAGAGAACAUUCUCCAUGGCCAUACAUGCAUCUUAUAUUCAGAUGAUCCUGCAGAAUGGGCAAAAUCAAUUGAAGGCGUUCGUAUCAGACAUGCAAUCCGGCUGGAAGAGAUCAAAGCUGUGAAAACAUCUUAUGGAAGAAUGUACAGUUGGAGGACACAAUGUGAGGCCCUUGUGGGAAGGCUGUGGAAAAUAGUUUACGGUAGGGUGUUCUUUUGGUACAUGAAGUAUUGUAAGCCUAAUUUUGUACUUUAAUUAACUUGUUAAUGUUAUUAUCUGAACUUGUCACCGUAGACUAUCCAGUUUUUGGCUGCAGAUCGCUGAAAAGCACUUUGGCUAGUUUGGGUGCUAGCUCUUUUCAGAAUUAGUGUUCUUUACUAAAUGGUUUUAAAUGGAAUAUGUAGUACGCCGGUCAGGAAUAAGCUGCUCAGAACACUUAACAGCGUGCGAAUUUAUCCGUCCCUAUGAUAGUAUAGCUUACAGGGUUGUUACUUUUUUCGUCCCUAGGUCUUAUUAUUCCCCACGGACUGUUCGUUUUUGCUAAAGAGUAUGUGGUUUCCCAGACACUAGAAUCGGAUACUUCGGCGAAAUGCACGACCAUUAGAAAUCCGAAGAAGAGAAUAAUUUAAUCAUAAAAUAGACCUGGUACAAUGACGUCACGAAUGUGUACCUCAAAAGCUUUUUGUCAUUGAACUUCAACCUGAGUCCUUUGAAAAGUUGUCCUGAAGUAGGCCCUUUGCAGCUACAAAACCGCCACGCUGGAGAGCAAAAGUCGCACUGGGAAAAGACAAACAAAAAGUAUACAUACUUUAAAUGGUAAUUUCCUUUGUUUGGCUUGUCCCAGUGCGACUUUUGAUCUCCAGCAUGGCAGUUUUAUACCACGUGAAUGGCCAGCUGUAAAAGGCCUAUUGUUAUUGAAGCGAAGCUUGUUUCUACAGGGUCCUCUAUGGAAAAUGACAAUAAACCACGAAUAGACAUCCCUGUUGGCAAGCAGCUUGUUUCAGAAACGUUCACUGGAAGUACUUCUGCAAAGAAGGCAGAAUCUGCAUCAGAAAACCAAACUGAAAUAUCCGCAAGUAACGAUUCGCAGUCAAAAAGCAACCGUAAGCGAAAAACGUCAGAAUCUUCCUAUGAACCAGGUAUGAUAAAGUUAUUAUUAUCAUUAUCUUUAUCGUUAUCGUUUUCAUAAUCAUUAUUACAUUUUUUUUUCUUGCUAAUGGGUGCUAGCUCGACUUAAAGGUUGUUCGUACAUUGUAAAGGAUAUUUUUCUCAGUACACUGUGUUCAUUUUCAGACAUUACUACUAGGCACUGUUUUGAAGGCUUAAGUGAUGAACAACAAGAAGAUGUCCAUGAAAUUCUAACACGACACAUACAGAUGUACACCAAGUAUCGUAAGGUCGGAACCCGUGAAGGCGUGUCUGCUCUGAUCGCAUAUAUAGAAGAAACGCACAACCUGGUCUUGAAAGCUAUGGGGACUGGAUCUCUAGAAUUAACGUUGCUGUGCCCCUCCCUGGACAGCCUUGAGAGUCUAUGGAGAGACUAUCAGUCUGGUCACCUCAAUCGCAUUGCCGAGAGAUACCUUGUGACUGAUGACAUAAAGAGGAAGCUGAACUUGAAGACUGUCAGGUUAAAGACAACAAUUGAAGAUGAAAACUACCGCAAUUGUAAGAAGAUUCUUAUGGAAAAGUCAUGUGAGUUUGGUAGCCUUCUGAAACUUUACGUUGCCAAGGGCAAAUUCAGAAAUGUUUAAUUGGAGGGGUUUAAUCAUGUGCACACCAUUGAAACUAGUUAUUUCCAUACUUCAUGGGUUAAUUUAAAAAAACUUUUACAAGUGUAAUUUACAAAUGUAGCUAAUGCUUUUAGGUGACUCAAAAACAAUGGCUACACUAACUUGUAAACUACACUUGUAAAAGUUUUGUUAUAUUGGCACGUGGUUGUUGUACAUUAUUUCCUAGUAAACGUCAAGUGUAUAGAUCCUUAUAUACGAUCCUUUAGUGGCAACCAUUUCAGUUUGAAAUCUCAUAGUCGUAAAUUUUAUAUAAUCCUCUACGUUCAUGGGAUGCGUUUAGGGGGGGUCGGACCGCUACUCCCUCCCCCUUCCCAUACCCUUUCCUUGGUUCCACGUUGAGUUGCAGAUUAAGCUUAAAUAAACUGAUAGAUACGAAUUGCUCACAGAGGGCUAAAAAAAUGACCGAGCCACUAACGACUUUCUUUACUGAAUUCCCUGCUUUAAAUAGAUCUUAAUGGAUCUGGAUUAAAAGAGACAUGGUUUGGUGGCGGGUAGAGUUGUGUUAUUGCGGAUCUUUAGAGUGAAAAGCAUGAUGCUUCUACGUCUGUGAUGACUUCUCUGAAGCAGUUUGUACCAAAUACUUGACAGAUUAUUGAUAGUGCAUGAAAACAAACUGCAAUAAGAUCAGCAUUUAUAACUGAAACGGGUGAAUAACUAGAUGCACCUCAUUUUCUCUUAGCAGUGUCAUCAAGCAGCAGUGGCGUUUCAACCUCAACCGAACCAGAUCUAGAAACAAAUGAUUCUUUACGACUUGACAAAGGCUUAAAUGUUCCUAAGGUAGGAUGUUAUUUUACUGUUAGAGUAACUGAUAACGCAUUAUUGGAAAGCAACUGAAGUCAGCCAAAUAAAGAAAAAAAUCCAUUGAAUCUUAUCUGUAAAAUCUGUUUGUUUAACUACUGUUAGUUAAAUAAGCUGAUGAAAAGCUUUUGAUCCAGACAGAAUAAGGCUAUAUUGUAUGAGGUUGGAAUUUGUAUUUUAAUGUCCCCCCUCCCCCUUCCAGGCCACCACGUUAGCUAACCUCUCUGAAUUUUCUAUCACAUUCGCAUGGGGAGUUUGCCACUUUACAUCUACUUUUCCAGUACAACAAUAUAGGCAUUUCAUAGACAUUUGAACUUUGCGCAAAACCUUCAGCGUUAGUUAACAUAGUUGUACACGUUUUAAAUAUGUGCUGGUAUCCUAAACGUUUUUAUUCCUGCAAGGAAAUAAAUAACAUUUUCUCAAAGUUCCACUAUACUUUAUUAAGGAUAGCAAAAACCAUAGAAAUCGGUUAAAUCUUUCUGCUGAAAAACGGGAUUAAAAACAAAACCAAAACGCUUAUAUACUCUAUUGCGAGUUAAAGACUUGCCCAUUGACUUGCCCGCUCUGUGCUAUACAUUUAUUUAGUAGUUGGUGAGGGUAUUGACUGGGAUAUAACAUGUCAGCAAGUUGCACAUCAUCAAGAAAUAUUUAUUUUGAGAUACUGCAACGUCUUAAGAACUCAUCUCACUCUGCUCUAAUCAGAAACAAAGUUCUAUAAUGAUAAAAAAUAUAAGUAGAAUCACCAGUUUAGACCAUGUCAGAAGCGAAGAGUUGCUUAUUAGGAGUUUUCAAAAUUCGUUUGAAUUGUAGUUUGAAUUAAUGUCAUUCCUCUGAAAUAGAAGCUACACUGAGAUUUUUGUGAAAGUUUCCCAUAUGAAAUUUAGUACAUGCAUACAGACUGCGACUGAAAUAUACAAUGGGGGUCCCCAUGCUUUCUACUGAGACAUGAUGGUAACAUGGUCGCCCCGUAGAGUAUUUGUUGUCACUUUGCUCGAUCUUUAGGCUAUAGCUCCUCAAUUUGUUAAGCCAAAAUAAAAAAUUCAGAUAUGCAAAGAAAACAAAAAGCCACCGUAGUAAGCACGCCUUGGUAUUGAGGAACUUUUUUCUCUGUAUGCUAAAACAAAAAUUUAUCAUGGUUGUCUACUUUUCGUGAUCGUUUUGCCAUGAUUAGUAAAGCCACCGCAAAAAAAAAAUCAGAUAAUAUUUUCCCUAUUUUUUCACAUAUUUCCAACACUGAGAAUUUGCUUACCGUAUUCUUAUUCUUGAUGGUGCCAAAAGGAUUAAUUGAAAUAAAAAUAAAAAUGUGGGGUCACCUCGAAGGAUUAAUUGAAAUAAAAAUAAAAAUGUGGGGUCACCUCGCUUGGUUUUGAAUCAGGGAAGUGAAGUUAUCAAUGUUUCAGUAUAAAAUUACUUCACAAUAUCCUGUGCGCUAAAAGCUUCUUUUUUAAAAUGAAAAAAGAAGACUCUCCAUGAUCCCCCUUUUGACCAAUGAAUCACACCAUCGCACACCUUUUCACUGAAUGCACGCAAGCCAUUUCGUUCUGGAAAGAGUUUCUAGGCUAGGCCUCGCGCGGUGAACUCUAGAAUAUCUCUCUCAAAAAACGAAAUUAUGUCUGGUAUUAUUCAUCAAGAUUCUACAUUCUGCUUAGCCCUCAAUCAUUUAGUUAUAUAAGGAAAGUAUUUCCUCUAUGUAAAUAGAAAAAUAUAUUUCGUGUACGUCCGGCCGUGAAAAGGAAUUAAGACAAAAUUGUCUACUUUCUAUUCUGUGUUUAAAACUCCUAAUUUUCCCCUUAAUUGCGUUACCAUGAAAUUUUUAUAUUAUUAUUAAUUGUUAUUAUCAUGUAAGAUUAGGGUUAAUGUACGUUUUGUUGUAAUUAUACAAUGGCUAGCAGUAAUUAUUGUAUGCUUUUCUUUUUUCUUUUUUUUGUUUGCAAACGACAUACUGUUAGUAUAAGCUGUUUCUCACUGUUAGCAUUACGUAUGUAGAAAGAAUUUAUCUUUAUCGCAAUAUUUUGUAUUGUAAGCGUAAUGUGAGUACGAUUUGAAUAAAGUGAAAAAAAGUAUUGAGGCAAUAUACCAUCAAAUCAAUGGUAUGUUGCUCGCGUUUUCUAAAUUUGGUCAGUGCCAGCUGGUUAUGAAGAAUUAGCUAGGAUAUUAAGGCCAGUAAAGUAAAAACGGUGAAUUAUUUUAAGUGAAUAACAAAUUUGUUUAAUCAUCCUAGGACAAGAAGCAGGUCCUGAGCCAUAUGGAGAGAGCUGAGAAGACAAAAGUAAGUUCCGUGGUAUAUAAUAAUAUAUUUUAGUGUGCUCUCGUUGUCCAUUCACUGAAGGGAAAACAAGUAGGACGCCUGGAGGACUUUUUACAGUACUGUAGAGGUACAGAUGCCGUAUUUAUUCGAAUAAGCGCCCAGCCUCGAAUAAGCGCCCACACCCAACCCCACCCCCUUCUCACUCCCACUCAAACUCCACUAAGCACCCACCCCCACCCCAACCUCUUCCCCUUCCCAGAGACUUCCCCGAAGACGUAGAGCCUGUUAUUUAAACGGAGUUUAACCAGUGUUUACCAAAACCGCGUUCUAAGUCACUUUCAGUUUGCCCAACGCUUUUAUCUAAACACCAUUUGUCGUGAACAGUUUAACUAGAGCAUAUAGUGUAGACUAGAAAAGUAUUUAUCUUCUAAAAUGAACCAAGAGAUUAUAACCAACCCGUAGUUUUCUUCAGAGGAAUUUACAGAAACCUUGCUUCGUCACAUCUUCGCGUUUUGUUAUUAACAUUUUUUGUUUUGUGGCAAAAUAAACAUACUACACUUGCUGAAAAUGUUAAAAAAUUUAAUAAGCGUCCAGCCUCGAAUAAGCGCCCACUCUCAAGAUCCAAAACUUUAAUAAGCGCCCAGGGCGGUUAAUGGAAUAAAUACGGUAGUUAAGUUAUCGGAAUGGAUAGGAAUUGACUAGUGAAUGCUGGUAGCAAUACGAGUCCACGCUCAAGCCACGUGCUGCGCGGGCCUGAAUUUAUAAACCUCGGCUUUGCAGGGUCCGCGUGAAAAGCCAUUACUUUACGUUGAUCGUUUUUGUCAUUACAAGGCAUAGAGACGAUGAACGAGAACCAUAAAAAAACAGUACCUAUUUUUCUCCUAUUUAGGUUUCUUCUAUUGACAUGAUUUAGCUCUGGAAGAGGCGGUUAUCAGCUAUAACUCAAGUAUUGUAAGGGGCAGUUUGACAGAUACCGGGAUGACUUUCAUUCCGGAAUAAGUUCGUUCCAGAAUGAACAUCGUACUGCAUUCACAUGUUAAAAUCGAAAGUCUCAGCCUAGAUAAGAUACUCAUGCGCCACUCGCCCCAGACUACACGAUUUGCGAAUUUCAAUGCGGAACGAACUGUGUUUUCAGUUUAAAUGAUUUCAGUUUACAUCAUACCCAAACGAAAGUUUCAUUCGGAUUGAACACCGUACUGAACUCAUUCCGGAUUGACUUGUACGGGAGCAAAAUUUCUUCUCGGUAUCUUGUGAACAGAUGCAAAGAAAUCUACGUGGAUGGCAUGAACUUGUUGCGGAAUGAAAGUUAUUCCGGUUUCAUGUAAACAGCACCUGAUCUUAAUUUACCUUAUAAAUAAACACAGGCGUCAAGAGGCCCUCUACACAAGGCUGCUGUUAGUGGACAAUACGAGACGGUCAAAAUGCUUCUUCAGAAUGGUGAAGAUGUGGAUCAAAGAGAUCAGGUUUUAUUUUAGUGUUUUUGGUUAUCAGGUAAAGAAUUUGAAGGGUAAUAUGGACCUUAAAAUUGGUCUAAGCUGGUCUAAGCCGCUUUAGAACAACAUUGUAUGAUUAUCUGUUCCCAACCCGACGCCUAGCUUUUCUUCGCUCGAUAUUGGAGUCGGCUGGGUCGAGUUCCUAGCCUUUUUCUUAAGGAAACUUAUCUUUAAUUCUUCAACAAUUGUUGCGUUUUGGGAUAUAGGCUGUAAAGUUCUGUUUCAAAAUUGAUUUGUCAGAGAGGCGUUUAUCUAUGGGUUGACCUUUGAAAGAAUUUCAAGAAAUCAAAUAAAAAGGGUGUAAGAUAGUCGAAGCUUACUGGGAAACUGAGUCCAACAAUGUCCAAUAAUUUUGUUAGUUCCCUGUUAUAACCUUCUUCACUGCUCUUUUUAUCUUUUCGUUAGUUUUCUCUGACACCUCUUCAUCUUGCCAGUUGGUAUGGACAGGAAUCUGUUGUCAAACUGUUGUUAGAACAGGGUGCGAACGUUAACGCUGAAGACAGAGUAAGUUCAGUCGAUGGUUAAACGUUUCUGACCUUGAAUAAAGAGGCUUUUUUAAAUUAGCUGUGGUCCUGUAAACGAAAGUAAGAUUAAGGAUUUAUUAAUUGAAAUUUCACAUCUCUUAAACCCAUUGCAAUGUGAAAUUGGCGUGUUAUAAAAGCUUAAGUUUUUGUAACCUCGCGUUGCAUCUCUAAUUUUAGUUAUAUUCUUCUCUUUUUAUGCAUGAAAAUUGUACAAGAAAAAAAAACACUGAAAGAGUUAAAGCUCUAAAGUGUGAAAAAAGACAACAACGGAAUAAUGAAAUAAAAUACAAUUGAAUUUGAAAACAACAUGUUUGGCGAUUAAUUUUCACAAGAGUGAAAUACUUUUGGUGGUAAUCUGGUUUCACUGAAGGAAACUUAACUCGCCUUCUUUUUAAAAUAUUAAGUUGGCUUUGCUGUUUAAUGUAAUGGCGCUCGUCCUUGGUAUUGCGUGUUUAUAUUUAUAAAUCAAUAACACAACCAGGAUAACAAAUUACAAUUUGCUCCACUUUUUCUAGUUUCAACGUACCCCUCUGCAAAAAGCGGAACGCCACAAUCACUUCUCCAUAGUGCAGUUUCUCAUGAACAGUAAUGCAAGGCCAAGUUACCAACAACCGGUAAGAUAUAUACUUUAAGGGUGUUCCUGGCUUUCGGUGAAUGAAAACGAGCUUUCCAUUCAACUAAGAUUCAACACCGCCGCCCGGUUACCUCAGUGGGAUAAGCGCUGGUCUGCUGAGCGGAAGGCUUUAGGUUCAAACCCUGGCCGGACCAAACACUCAGGGUCUUUAAAUAAGUGAGGAGAAAGUGCUGCUUUUGUAAUAACAUCUGCAAACGGUUUGACUUUCUAGUCUUGUCGGAUAAGGACGAUAAACCGUGGGCCCCUUAUCACAAGCCCUUGCACAUGUAAUAAAAAUCUGUGGGACGUUAAAGAACCCACACACUCUUCGUUAAGAGUAGGGCACGAAGAGCCCGGUGUAGCGGUCUAUCUCACUUUCACACUCAUGUAUGGGGGCAUUAUUACUCAUUCCUUCAUUACUUGUAAACUGCACCUUAAGCAGUCUGGCAAAGUUCCCCAAGCCCUGAGGGGAGUAGAUAAUAUGAUAUUUACAUUUACACAUUUACAACACGUAAAGUAAAAUGAUUAGGAAUAGAAGCCAUCAAGAGUUUGAAAAUAGCAAACUGGCCAGAGAAAUGACGCACUUACAGAUAUCAUUCAGUGAAUUUAUUGUUUCAUUAUCAUGAAAGUUAUUCUUUUAGAGUGGCAGGUAAUAAUUGCCCUUUUUUUCGAUUUUUGUUUACUGGUGAAUAGUAAUAAAUUUACUGGUUGUUGUGUCGGUUUUUAAAACUCUCGUUGCGAGAAAGGAGCACUAGCAGCAAGAAAUCUGGACAAGUGAGCGCGCUCGAGGGUGUAAAUUGUUCCUUCAAGGACAUUCCAGGAGCCAAAAAAGGAGGAUCGCAGCGCGCUGCUUUACAAAUCAGUACUACAAAAAAGUGGAUAAAUCGGUGCACACUCCGACUAAUUUCUCAAAGAAACUAGAUUUACAAUGUGAUACUCUACUCGAUUUUUAGGUACAGUAUGGAUGAAGGGGUAAUUUAAGCAUUAUUUAAAGAAUACAACGUGUUUCGGAUGAAUCAGUAUCCAUCGCCAGUUCACAUAAUUGUGACCUUAUAUAAAGUUUGAUAACUAACUUUAUGGAUCAUAAUGUUGAAUGUGAUUACGAUUUAAUUUACUUGAAGACUCUUAUUUUUAUGUUCUCUGUCAUUUAUCUUGAUUUCCAUCCACCUUUUGAGUUGUAUUAGCAAAGUUAAUUACAUAAAACUAUGAUAAUUAAUUGUAAUUAGUUAGUCAGAGUGAUUUUACUCGAACCGUGAAAUAGGUAGUAGAAUACUACGCAAUAUUAGUUAGUAUCUGUUUCACGCUUCAAGUAAAAUCACGGCUCUAUAAUGAUCACCUUUUGCAAUUAUCAUCCUUUGUUGUCUAUCUUUAUGUAUGAUUACAAUUUUGUGAACUUUAGUAACCUGACGAUGGAUGUUGAUGUAUCCCAAGCGCGUCGGUUGUGUUCUUUAAAUGUUCAAUUUUCAUUUUACUACUACUGAAUUUCGAUGAACGAUAAAUUAUAUGUGCUUUAUUUUUAUCACCUCAGUUAGAUUCAGAUUCUAGGUAAGUACACUGACUCGUUUUAACUUCUUGCUUGCAGUUAAGUUUAAAGUCACUUGCGGAGAAGGCAUUCUUGCGUGUGGAUACUCGAUCGGGAUUUAACAUGCUCACGGCGGCGGUCGUUGAAGGAAAUUGUGACGUUGUUGUCAAGGCGUUCGUGCUACUCCGUCAUUUCGAAACACCGAUGGGAGUUUCAGCAGUAGCUGAUACUCUAGCAAAUCUUGAAACCAAAAGGCAAGAUCAUCACAAAAUCGAAGAAUUUCUCCGAGAGACAGUGGAUAAAGUCAAUACACUGUCAGAGCUGCACCAGUGUGGACACGCUAACGAUGCGGAGAAUGCGGUAGAGCUUGUAUUAAAUGAUGGCCUGGAUAUAAACACCCCUGCAUUGUGUAAUCGCACACCUUUGUUGUGGGCGAGUCUAUCAUCCUCUGGUGAGUUUAUUGAGACCCUUAUCGACCUUGGUGCUAACGUUAAUGCUCAAAGAGCCGAUGACAAAGAUACACCUUUGACCUUAUCUUCUUAUUGGAACAACUUCAUGACGGUGAACUCGCUUUUGGAUAAUGGAGCUGAUGCUAAUAUCGCUGCAGCUGAUGGAAAUACUCCACUGCACUUGGCAGUGAUGAAGGGUAACCAAAACCUUGUCAAAUUAUUUCUGGAAAAGAACGCGGUAGUAAAUACUCAGAAGGCUAAUGGCGAUUCACCACUGCACACAGCUGUCAGCAACGGGUUUUUUGAUAUAGCCAAACGUCUGGUUAAAAAGGGAAGCAACGUCAACCUUCAAAAUAAAGAAGGAAGAACCCCUCUUUUUCUUGGUGUAAAGAACAAACAUAAACAGUUCAUCAAACUCUUGAUUGACAACGAGGCUGAUGUAACUAUUGGAUACAAGGAAAACUCUACCGACAGAAUUUACCUAGUUCGAGGGAAAGACAGAGGUAGAUCAGCUUGGCACUAUGUCUUAGUGAAGAAACAUUUACUGGGUUUAUUUCCGAAGCUAACGAAUGGAGGCAGUCUUGACGUGGCAGAUUUUGGAGCUGUUCUUCGUAGUGGUUGGGGAGAGGAUCCUCCAGAAGGCACAAUUGACAAGAUACUUGAGGAGGGUGACUUUAAAGAAAUACCUGGUGUGACCGUUCUUCACAUUGCAAGCAAAAAAAACAACGAACCCGAAAUAAUCGAUCUUUUGGUUAAGUCCGGGGCGAAUGUCAACGCCCAGGACGCUGAAGGGUUCACUCCCUUGCACAUGGCAGCGAUCCAUGGUAAUCUAAAAGUCGUGAAAACACUUUUUGAUCUCGACGCUGACGUUAAUAUCGUCACAACCGAUGGAAAGAAUGCUGUUGAGUUAGCUCACUUGAAUGAAGAAUUGGAGAUUGAGGAGUAUCUCGAGUCGAAGAUGGCUUCUUCGCAAAGAACCAAAGAAAAAAAGGAUGACUCCGAACUUGCAGACUUACUCAUUGAAGCUUACGGUUUCCCGGCUACAUACUAUUUACCAGAAUCCUUCAGGGAACUGAACCUUUAA